AUGGCGAACUUCGGAGUUUCUCCGGGUAGGGUUGUUGUUACGGAUCUGACCCGCAGACCUGCACAUAAAUAUGGUAGAUCCGUUCUGAAUUUCCCGCGCAGCAUGACUCCUUCCCCAAGGAACUCCCGCAAGGCCACCGUCCGUAGGUUGAUCGAUACUCCGGCGAGGAAACCAGACGUCGGCCUGUCAGCGACGCCGGAGACGCCUCCAGAAAAUGGACUCGUCGCCUGCUGGGAAGCGGAGGCGUUUGAAUCGCCUGAAGCGAGCGAAGGAACUACCUCGGCUUCGGAAAUUGUCGCCGGUGAUCAAGAUGAUAUCUCGAUCAUUGAUCGAGGGGAGAAAGUCAGUGAUCGUGAGCUUAAAACCGUCCUCCGGGUAAUGCAGAACGCUCGAGUCCAGGUAAUGAACUCGUCGGACAUUGACAAGCGCUCGAAAAAGUGCCUGGACGCCAUGAUCGGGGCAAUGCUGGAUGAUUUUAGUCACAUAUCCGAAGAACCGUUCAAUGUGGACUAUCGGGUCUGUGCGAAGGUCGUCUUAGUCUACUCCAUGUUUGCUGUAGUAUUCUCCAUAUUCUGGUUUCGGUAUUCAGGUAGUGAGAGUUUCUCUCCUGGUCUGCCUCCUACCUGAGCGCUAACUCGUAUCUCGGGUGUAUCGCGCGAGUUGAACCUAGAGAAGAGUGAUCUACGUUUAAAGGUAAAAACUAAGCAGAAGAUUACAAUGUACGGGAUGAUAUGUUUGCUCUCAUCUCACUUUGAAUUGCUCGAUCAAGGGCUUUUCCCUGAUCUCAUUCUUGAACCAGCGAAUGGUCUGCUUCUACUUAUUCGUGUAUCGGUUUGCCUAG